AUGAAAAUUCUUUUCGUUUUUGUGACAUUGAUUUUCCUCUUAGAGGCAGCUAAAAAAAAGAAAAAGACUGACGACAGAAGACCAACAACUGUUGAAGCUUUACUUUAUUGCAAUAGUUGCUAAGCAAUCGUUCGAGAAACAUUAAAGAAAGUUAAAACAUCAACUAGGGAAUCCGAUAUUACUGAUGCUUUAUCUGAAAUGUGCCAAAUGAAAAACUUCAGUGUUUAUGAAUAUCCUCCCCCUGAUAUGAAAAAAGGAUGUGAAGCAUUUAUGUCUGGAUGGUCAGAGGAAGUCACUGAAGCCUUGAUGAACAGAAAAGGAAAUGAUACAAUUGAAGAUGAAAUUUGCUACAAAUUAACUAAUGUAAUCUGUUUAUUNAAUAGAAUAGGAAUCCUGCAAUAAGGACAAUGAGUUCGUUAUGCAAUUGAGAGAUUCAGAAGUAAUACUGAAUAAUAGCUAUGAUUAGAAUAAAUUAGCCAUGGUUUAAGUUGAAUUGGAUUGA